CCGAUCGGCGGACACACAAAAAAAUGAAACAGAAAAAAAGCUAUUUAAACUCGAAUUUAAUUUUCAUUUCCCCUUUAUUUUAAUUCUGUUUGAUAAUGAAAAUGUCUGCUCAUAACUUUACUAUUGUUAGUACACCUGGAAAGAGAAUUUCUUUAGAAAAAGCCAGUCAUCCUUGCCCUAAAUGUAGACAUCAGGCUUCUGUUCAGUUAAUACGAUCUGAAAGGCAAUGGAUUGUGUUCAACAAAUGUAUAUCCAACAGUAUGCGUGUACGAUACGAAUGCUCUAAAUGUAGAUGGAAAAAUGAAGAAUUACCAUCCUACCCUAAUGAAUUCAACCGUAUCUCUAAUGAUGAUUUCCACUUUCAAGACACUGACAGCAGUAGUUCUGUCUUGAGUGAUUUAUAUUGAAAUGUUUGCCCUGUCCUGUAGUUAUUAUUUAUUCUCCCUAUGUGUAUAUAUACCCUCUCUUUCUUUCUCUCUUUUGUAAUUCAAAGAAAAUAAACUUCUUCAUCUGAUCUUAAAUAUGUA